AUGAGUCUCCUAAGUAGGAAAAUUGCCUCCAUUGAUGAUCUUCCUGGCAUAAAUCCGAUUUGGUUUUCUGAAAUAGUUGCCUCCAUCUAUCCCCUGAAUGUUGCCUUCUAUUUGUCUAAAUAUAGGUUGCAUGCUGUAGCUUCCUGGACAUGGGAUGCCCAAGAUGAAACAUGUGGGAUUUGCAGGAUGGCUUUUGAUGGUUGUUGUCCUGAUUGCAAACUUCCAGGGGAUGAUUGUCCAUUAAUUUGGGGUGCAUGCAAUCACGCAUUCCAUCUUCAUUGCAUCUUGAAAUGGGUGAAUUCGCAGACUCCUCAAGCACAUUGCCCCAUGUGUCGUAGGGAAUGGCAAUUUAAAGGAUGAUUGAAUCGAGUUGUUUGACAUGUUAGUUUUCCAUUUUCUCUGUAACAUAUCAGAAGAACGUCUUUAUGCUGCAUUAAAAAUAGGAACAUAUUUUCGCUUCAUAAGAAGUGAAUACAAAAUAGGAGGUGUUUGAGGGUGAUCAUUCAAUAUU